AUGUCCUACGGGAUUCUUUACACAAUCAGGAGUGAACGAGCGAGUCAAGUCAGUCGCCGGGUAUCUUUGUUGUGACGAACGUAAUUUGUUGCUCGUGACUCGCACUUCCUCCGCAUACUUUCCUGUCUCUUUUCCAGUAUUUCUGCGCAACAACUACACUACACUUCUAACUUCUAUUCCGUUUCUCUAUCCGGUUUUCCGUCUGAACGUUAAGCGAUUCGAGUAAAUGAUGCAGACGAACGGUUCUGAAAACAUCGGUUCUGAAAAUGUAAACGAGAAGACGGGAUGGACGGUUGGACUAAUAAACGGGAAAUUUAAGUAUCUUACAGCAGAAACUUUUGGUUUUAAAAUAAAUGCAAAUGGGUCCAGUUUGAAAAAGAAGCAAUUAUGGACUUUGGAAGGAAGCGAACAACAGGUUUACCUUAGGUCUCAUUUGGAUCGUUACUUAGCAGUGGAUCAAUUUGGAAAUGUUACCUGCGAAGCAGAAGACCCCAGUGAUCCUGGCUGUGCCUUCCAAAUUCAAUUGGCUUCUGACGGAAGUGGAAGAUGGGCAUUGAAAAAUAUUCAGAGAGGAUAUUUCCUGGGUUCGAGCCAAGAUGAACUUAAAUGCAUGGCCAAGGCUCCACGUGAGGCAGAAUACUGGCUUGUUCACCUUGCUGCGAGACCUCAAGUCAAUUUGAAAUCUGCUGGAAGGAAACGUUUUGCUCAUUUAAGUGCAACGCAAGAUGAGAUUCAUGUGGAUGCACCAGUUCCUUGGGGUGAAGACACACUUUUCACGUUAGAAUUUCGUCCUGCUUCUAUGGAAGAUUCUAGCCAAGAAAAUACUAAAUCUGAAGGUGGACAUUAUGCCCUUCAUACUUGCAAUAAUAAAUAUUUAGCACGGGAUGGAAAACUUUUGGACUCUUGUACGCGCGAUUGCUUGUACGCAGCCGAAUUUCAUGCUGGAUUACUUGCACUCAGGGAUUUGUAUGGAGCAUAUUUGGCACCUAUUGGAAGUAAAGCUGUUUUGAAGUCAAGAUCCACGACAGUAACUCGAGACGAGCUAUUUUCCUUAGAAGAAUCUCUGCCACAAGCUUCCUUUGUCGCCGCUUUAAAUCAACGAUAUGUUUCCGUGAAACAAGGAGUUGACGUUACUGCUAACCAAGAUGAAAUAUCCGGGCAUGAAACUUUCCAAUUAGAAUUUGACCGUGUUACUAAGAGGUGGUACGUGCGCACUAUGCAGGAUCGUUAUUGGAGCCUUGAAGCUGGGGGAGGAAUUCAAGCAUCCGAGCACAAACGGUCCUCUAAUGCUUUGUUUGAUUUGAUUUGGCAAUCCGAGGAUGGUACAGUAGCAUUACGUGCUAACAAUGGCAAAUUCCUGGCAACCAAACGCUCUGGUCAUCUUUAUGCUAAUGCUGAUUCAGUUAACGGAUUGGAUUCAGACGCUAGCAAAUAUUAUUUCUACUUGAUGAACAGACCUGUUUUGGUUCUGCGAUGCGAACAAGGAUUCGUAGGGCCUAAAAGUGCAUCUAGUUCGAAACUGGAGUGUAAUAAAGCUAUAUAUGAAACCAUUAGAGUGGAAAGAUGCGAGCGGGGAAUUGUCAGAUUCAAAGGUCAAAAUGGCAAAUACUGGCAUGCAGAUAGUGAAGGAGUUAACGUGGAUUCUGACAUGUCCUCUGAUGGUUUUUAUUUAGAAUUGAGAGAACCGUCACGCAUUUGCAUUAAACAUACUGAUGGAAGAUAUCUCGCAGCAGGUAAAAAUGGAGCAUUGCGUUUGGGAGAAACAGAUUACGAGUCUGCUACCAAAUGGGAAUUCUAAUCAAACGAAUAUGUAAAAGCUAUGUUCUUUUCAAACUCUUGAAAUUGUUUUUUCUUCGCACUAUUUAAGGAAACAAUUUGCAUCAGUGACUAUUUGAAUCUAACAAGUCGAAGGUCAUUUCAAAAAGAAUAAGCAGACAAUUUAAAUGAUUCGGUAAAUUGAUAACUAACAAAUUAAAUUUUAUUAUUCUUUUAUGUAAACGUGAAACAAUGGAAAAGAUUAAUUUAAUAACAAUUUAAGAUAAUAAGGACUAAAUUUGAAAGGAACAUAGCUAAAAUAACUGCCCUUUUUAUAGCUUCGAAUGUAAUCUAAUAUCAUAUUUAUAAGUACAGAAAGGGCUCCUACUGAGUACUUAAUUAGAAGUACAAUACUGUCCGCUUAAGCGUCCAAAUUUCUGCCUGUAAUAAUAAUAUCUGUUGCUAUAUUAAUUAAUUUUUGAAUUUUUGAGAAUGAGUUUCAGAAUAUUUCAGUCUUAAUACCAAAGGGAGGUUAUUGUCAAAACUUCUUGGCUCUAAUUUGCACUUUUUCAUAUCGAGUAUCCGAUGUUUUAUUUUCACUCGACUUUUAGGUCACUCGAAUCGUGGGAACACUUAUCUGCCUAAACAAGCAUCGUAACAUGGUUCUGAACUUUAAACGUUUAAGCAGGCAGUAUUGCACAUUAACGAACUGACUUUUCUACGAUUUUUUACUUUUACUUCUAAUGACUUUUCUACUCAAGAAAUAUCACAUAAGACUGAUCAUUCGCAUGUUUGCAAAGGAAGUAACGGUUAUCAUAUCGUUCCUUAAUUUAAGGAAAAAUAAUCAAUAUUAACUUUUUAUUCUGCAAUGAUAACAAUAAUUGAAUUAUUUUUUAAA